CCGGCUCGCUGCCUGCAGCCCCGGUUUGCCUCGUGGCAGGAAGCAGGAGGGGCGCCAGGUCGGGGUGACCUGCGGGGACACCGCGGGAUCCACGCGGGACCGGGAGGAGGUGGCCGUGUGGGCCCUGCGCCCGUGCCACGGGCACCAUGAGGGGUCUCUGGGCCCUGGUGCUCACCGGGCUCCUCAGCGCCUGCCAGGGGACGGAGCCGCUGCCAGCGGAAGGGGAGCUGUGCCCGCACCUCUGGGACGAGGAUCUGCUUGGGGACAAGUACGAGAACGUCACGGGUUUUAACCUGGUGAAAAGGUUCGACCUGCUGAAGAUCUCCUCCAUCAAAAAGAUCCGCAGCGCCCGGGGGCCGGCGGUGCUGCGCCUGGGCACCGUGCCCCUGGUCCAGCCCACGCGGCAGGUGUUCCCCCGGGGGCUGCCCCCCACCUUCACCCUGGUCCUCACCUUGCUGCUGAAGAAGAACAGCACCGGGGAGCACUGGCACCUCUUCCAGGUCACCGACCGGCAGGGAUACCCCCAGCUCUCCCUGUCCGUGCACGGCCCCGAGAGAAGCCUGGAGUUCCAGGCCCGGGCUCUGGGCACCGACUUUGUCAGCGCCAUCUUCGCGGGCAAGGCCGUGGCGUCCCUGUUCGACGGGCGCUGGCACAAGGUGGUGGUGGCCGUGCAGGGCCGCGCCGUGGCCGUGCACCUGGACUGCGCCUCCAUCGCCUCCAAGCCGCUGGGCCCGCGGCGAGCGCUGGCCCCGGAGGGCAACGCCUUGCUGGGGCUGGACGCCGCGCGUGGCACCCCGGUCCGGUUCGACAUCCAGCAAGCCCAGAUCUACUGCGACGCCCAGCUGGCCGGGCAGGAGGGGUGCUGCGAGAUCUCUGCCAGCGGGUGCCAGACGGAAGCGCCCAAGACGCGGCGGCAAGCGGAGCUGCUGCAGAGCAGCAACCUGAUCGAGAUGGUGCCGCAGCCCGAGGGCCGCGUCUUCACCCGCUGCUUCUGCCUGGAGGAGCCGCUGGGCACCGAACCGGGCAGAACCUCUGCAAGGACCAGCCCGAGGGACAAUCCCAAGGAAAAGUGCCCUCCCUGCCCGGCCCCGCUGGCACCAGGAAAUGCCACCCUCGGUCCCCCAGGCCCAAAGGGCACCAAGGGCGAGCAGGGCCUCCCUGGCACCGCCGGUGGCAAAGGGGAGAAGGGUGACCGUGGCACGGACUGUGUGCGCACCCACCCCGGCGGCCCCGUGCAGUGUGCCGAGGGCCCGCGGGGUGAGAAGGGGCAGCGCGGGCAGGUGGGACUCCCGGGCCCAGCUGGCACCGAGGGGCAGAAGGGCCAGAAGGGUGAGAAGGGUGAUGGGGGACUGCAGGGCAAGCCAGGCCGCCCUGGGCGUGAUGGCCGGCCCGGAGAGAUCUGCGUGGUGGGACCCAAGGGCCAGAAGGGUGACCCCGGCCUCGUGGGACCGGAGGGGCUGGCCGGUGAGCCAGGAGCCCCGGGCAAGCCUGGCUCUCCGGGGGUUGGCAUUCCAGGGAAGCCGGGUGACCCCGGUGGCCCCCCAGGUCCGAAGGGAGAGAAGGGCAGCCCGGGGGCUCCCGGACCCGGAGGAUCACCCGGGACCCCCGGUCUCCCCGGAGUGCUGGGGCCGAAAGGAGACAAGGGCGAGCCGUGCCAGCUGUGUCCCUCUGUCCCCGAGGGGACACUCGGUGCCAUCGGAAUCCCCGGCAGGCCGGGAGCGCGGGGGGAGCCCGGAGCGCCCGGCAGGGACGGGGUCUCGGACACCCCCGGCCCCGCGGGACCCAAAGGGGACAGGGGCGAUCCCGGCAUCCAGGGCACGAAAGGGGACAAGGGGGACUCGUGCCAGCCCUGCGACCUCCGCGUCCUCGCCGCGCUGCGGGACCUCGAAGGGGAGCCGGGGCUGCCGGGCCAGGCGGGGCUGUCCGCGCUGGCCGGGAUCAAGGGGGACAAGGGGGACAGCGGCCAUGUGGGACCCACGGGCAGAGCGGGAACCCCGGGAGAGAAGGGAGCUCCAGGUGCGCGGGGGCCCAAGGGAGAGAAGGGCGAGCAGUGCGGGCAGUGCCCUCCCACCCCGCAAGCCCUGCAAGGGACAGCGACAGCGCUGGCAGUGCCGGGGCCACCGGGUGAGAGGGGUCCUGCUGGCCCCCCGGGCAGAGCGGGCAGACCCGGCGAGGCUGGCGAGAAGGGACAGAAGGGCGACGCUGGCAGCCCCGGGGACCCGGGCACGCCGGGCACGGCCGGGGUCCCGGGGCUCUCGGGUGAGCCUGGCAUCAGGGGACCAGCCGGCCCCAAAGGCGACAAGGGAGACGCGUGCGAGCCCGGCCCCGCCGCGCUCGGGCACCUCCCGGACAGGAUUGGCAUCCCGGGCAAACCCGGCCCCAGAGGGGAGCGGGGCCCGCCGGGCAGCGGCCAGCCGGGCAGACCCGGGAAGCCGGGGCUGCCGGGGGUGCGGGGUCCCGCCGGGCCCAAGGGGCUGCAGGGCGAGCCAGGACCGCGGGGGAUCGGCCAGCCGGGACCACAGGGAGACCCCGGGAGCAGCGGCCCCCCCGGACCCCCCGGCCCCCCCGGACCGCAGGGACCCCCGGGGAUGGCAGCAGAGAAAGGUGCCAAGGGAUCUCCGGGCCCCAAAGGUGCCACGGGACCCCCUGGAGCACCCGGGAGCAGCGUCACAGGACCCCCGGGUCCCGAGGGGCAGCGGGGUCCCCCCGGCCCCGGUGGGCAGCCGGGGGAGAAGGGUGCCCAGGGAGAGAAGGGAGACCCCGGCGAGUGCUCCUGCCCCUCCAACCCCCGCCAGGACCCCAGCUACAACGGGAUGCCGGGAGCCCCAGGAUUAUGGACCGGGAUGUCCUGGCAGCCCCAGCCUGGCCCGCAGGGCCCCCCCGGAGCUCCUGGCCCCCCCGGGCCGCCCGGUGCCCCCGGUCGCCAGGGAAUGCCGGGACACAACGGCCUGCCCGGACUGCCAGGACCGGCCGGAGACCUGGGACCUCUGGCCGUGGUGGCGGAGAGGAACAUCGAGGUGCUGAAGACUCUCUGUGGGGACUGUGCCCAGCUGCAGGCAGCCCUGGAAGCUCCCGGGGCAGCGGAGGGGGAGAAGGGCGAUGGGGGCAUGCCAGGCGCCCCUGGCAGCGAGAACUGUGCCAGGUGCUUGGCGCAGUUCCCGCGGGCAGAGGAGGCUCGGGGUGACAGCCCGGACUGUGCGGGUCACCCGGGGCUGCCGGGAGCGCCGGGGAUCCCGGGAGAGCGAGGAGAGCAGGGCUCCCCAGGGCUGCGCGGACCUCCAGGACCACCCGGACCCAUCGGCCCCCCAGGCUUUCCCGGAACGCCGGGCGCCCCCGGACUGCCCGGUCUCCAAGGGGAGCGUGGCCCUGCCGGGCUGGCCGGAGCCAAAGGGGAGCCGGGACCCCCAGGACAACCCGGCUACCCCGGGGCCACGGGGCCCCCCGGCCUUCCUGGCAGCAAAGGCGAGCGAGGCUACGCGGGUCCCCCUGGCGAGAAAGGGGAGCUGGGCCCCCCCGGCGUGGAUGGGCUGCCCGGUCCCGUGGGGCCAGCGGGUCCCAGGGGUGAGCGCGGGCUCCCGGGAAGCGCCGGGGAGAAGGGGGACCAGGGUUUCCAGGGCCAGCCCGGCUUCCCGGGACCGCCGGGUCCUCCUGGUUUCCCGGGAAAGGCCGGUCCCGCUGGGCCGCCCGGGCCCGUGGCAGAGAAGGGCAGCGAGGGCGUGCGCGGCUCCCCGGGCAUGCCAGGACCCCCCGGGCCCCCCGGAGCCCCGGGAAUCCAGGGCCCUGCUGGCUUGGAAGGACUGGAUGGCAAGGAUGGCAAGCCAGGGCUGCGGGGUGACCCCGGCCCCCCCGGGCCACCAGGGAUGAUGGGUCCUCCGGGCUUCAAGGGCAAGACAGGGCACCCAGGGCUCCCAGGACCGAAGGGUGACUGCGGCAAACCCGGCCCCCCGGGGAUGACGGGCCGGCCGGGAGCCGAGGGUGACCCCGGACCCAUGGGACCCCAAGGCCGGCAGGGACCCCCAGGGCUGAUUGGUCCCCCUGGCAGCCCGGGGCAGCCGGGACCCGCUGGGAUCGCUGGGGUGGGGCUGAAGGGCGAGCGCGGCUCGGUGGGCGAGCGGGGUCUGCCGGGAAUGCCGGGCCAGCCGGGACCCCCGGGACACCCGGGACCGCCGGGCGAGCAGGGAGCGGACGGGCCCGUCGGGAAGGAGGGACCCCCAGGAAAACCGGGCAUGGCGGGCCCGGCCGGACAGAAGGGUGACACCGGAGCCCCGGGCGAGCGGGGCUACCCCGGGGAGAAGGGCAGAGCCGGGAUGCCCGGGGGGCCGGGCAAAAGCGGCUCCAUGGGGCUGGUGGGGCCGCGGGGACCCGCGGGGGAGAGGGGACCCCCGGGCUCGCCGGGCCCCGCGGGCAGCCCCGGCCUCCCGGGACCCCCGGGGAUGAUGGGAGAUGUGGUGAAUUACGACGAGGUCAAGAGGUUCAUCCGGCAGGAGCUGAACAAGAUGUUUGACGAGCGGAUGGCGUAUUACACCUCCCGGCUGCAAUUCCCGCUGGAGAUGGUGGCAUCCCCGGGCAGGCCCGGUCCCCCCGGGAAGGACGGGCUGCCCGGCCGGCCGGGACCCCCCGGCUCCCCGGGGAUGCCGGGUCAGAUCGGCAGAGAGGGGCGGCAGGGCGUGCCGGGCAUGCGGGGCGAGCCGGGUGCCAAAGGCGAGAAAGGCGAGAAGGGCGUGGGGCUGAUGGGGGACAGCGGCCCCCCGGGACCCCCAGGUCCCCAAGGGCCACCAGGCUACGGCAAGAUGGGUCCCCCGGGCCCCGUGGGGCAGCAGGGCAUCCCGGGCAUCCCCGGUCCCCCCGGUGCCACGGGGCAACCGGGCAAGACGGGGCACUGCAGCCCCGCCGAGUGCCUGGGGGCCGUGCCCAUGGAGCAGCCGCUCUUCCAGCCCAAGAACGUCAAGGGUCCCUUCGGCUGAGCGGCCCCGCGCCCCCCGGGCCCCCCGAAUUUGCUGUUAAUAUUGUUAAUUGUGUUUCCCCGCUGUGCCGGGGGCGUGCCGGUGCCGGGGGGGCUCGGGGGUUGUACAGCUCCGUGGUAAUCGCGGUGGGGUGGGUGGAUCCUGCCCCAAAAAUACACCAGUGCUGGUGCC